AUGUCAUUGGAGGAACUUGAGAUGAUGGACCAAAGCAAUCCUGAGGAGUUUCUUGAGAAGGUGCGGGAGAAGAUCCGGAUGCUGAACUCUGAGACUAGGAUUCUUCAGAGCCGUGUCAGUACUAUAAAGCAUGAUAUUUCUACGAAGAACGCCUCGAUUGCGGAAAACAUGGAGAGGAUAAGGCUUAAUAAACAGCUUCCUUACCUGGUUGGAAAUGUUGUUGAAGUUCUCGAUGAGCAGAGUGCUGUUGUGAAUGCGUCCACAAGAAUGUCGUCGUACCUCCCGAUAACAGGGCUUAUACCUAACUCUGAGCUUCGACCUGGAGACCUUGUAGCACUGCAUAAAGACACAAAUAUAGUAUUUGAGAAGCUUCCACCUGACUAUGAUAUGAAGGUGGGGGGAAUGGUGCUGAAAUCUGAUGCAAAGCCUGACGAGACCUACGAGGACAUUGGGGGGCUAGAGAGGCAGAUAGAAGAGCUGAAUGAGGCAAUAGUUCUUUCCCUCACACAUCCCGAAAGAUUUGAGAAGCUAAACAUAAAGCCUCCGAAGGGGGUUCUGAUGUAUGGCCCGCCUGGGACGGGAAAGACUCUCAUGGCAAGGGCCUGUGCAAGCAAGACCAACGCAACGUUCCUCAAGCUUGCAGGGCCUCAGCUGGUGCAGAUGUACAUUGGAGAUGGCGCCAGAUUGGUUAGGGAUGCAUUUGCCCUUGCAAAGGAAAAGAAGCCGACAAUUAUCUUUAUAGAUGAAAUCGAUGCAAUAGGGGCAAAGAGGUCCGACUCCGACCAGACGGGAGAUAGAGAGGUCCAAAGGACGAUGCUGGAGCUUCUCAACCAGCUCGAUGGGUUUUCCUCUUCUGAAGAGGUGAAGAUAAUUGCAGCGACCAACCGAGUAGACAUUUUGGACCCUGCUCUGCUGAGAAGCGGGAGGCUCGACAGAAAGAUUGAGUUUCCGUUGCCGAAUGCGCUCGGCAGGAAAAGGAUCUUGCAAAUCCACGCAAGAAAGAUGAGUGUUAGAGAUGAUGUAAACUUCGACGAGCUAGCGAGAAGCACCGAGGGAUUCAACGGGGCACAAUGCAAGGCAGUCUGCGUAGAGGCAGGGAUGGCGGCCCUAAGGAAGGAGAAGACUGAAAUUUCCCAAAACGACUUCAUGGAUGGGAUCCAAGAGGUUCUGAGCAGGAAGAAGUCGAAGCUCCUCUACUUUACAUGA